AUGCAAUUGAUCUUGAUUUGUGCUGACAUUCACUAUGCUCGUGUUUUCGCACUUUCUCAUCACUCAACUGCGCACUGGGAGAUCAAUACGAUUCUGGCUGAACGGGACGAAUUGUAUGAAAUACUUCGAGUGAACGAGGAGAUGGACAGUGCUCGAUUUGCAAACACCCAAGCAUUGAUCCAUUUCAAGCAAGAUAGUGCCAAUGAACAACAACGUUUACGUCAGCGCAUUGCUGCACUGGAAGAGGAACUUGAGGAGAGUAUGUGUCGAAUAAAUCAGAUGAACACGGAACACAGCGAACUGAAGGACCGCAUGCUGAAAUUGCAAGGGGAACGUGAGAAUUUGGAGCAUCAGUUGGAAUCCACCAGACAAAAAUGUGACCGAGAAUUGGUUGCCGCAAAAGAGGAGUAUGCGGAACGUGAAAAACAAAUUAUUGAAAGUGAGAGAAUGACCAUCGGGAAACUUCAGUCCAAUUGUGUGGAACAGGCAGCGAAAGAGGUAGAGAUGAAGCGUGAAGUGGAAGAUUUGCACCGCAAGUUGUUGAGCUUACAGUGCGACCUGGAAAAAUUACGUACAGAAAAUACAAAUCUGAUCUUUCAACAGAGUGAAAAAGAAAGGUUAUGGACUGACAAUCAUGAGGCUGCUAUUCGUCAGAAAAUAUUAGAAAAAGAUGCGGAAAUUAUUCAAUUGAACGAAAAACACAUGCGUGAGAUCGCGGAUCUGUCCGAACGCUUCGCUCGGGAUGGAAAAGAAUCUGCCAGCGAAAUCCGGUCGUGUUACAUGGAACGCGUUGUUGAACUUCAAAAAAUGCUGGAGCAUAAAGAAUGUGAAUUUGCCAACGCCCUUGCGGAAUUCCGUGAAUUAAAUCAGAAAAUGGAUGAACUGUUGGCUAGAACCAAUUUAAACGAACAAGAACAGCAGCAACAUCAACAACACCAUCAACAGCAACAGUCGAUAUACCAAGCGGUGAUGAAUAAACUAGCCGAGCUGCGACCGGUAACUACGCACAAGUGUUGCUGUCCCCCCGAUGAGACAAACGAAUCAGUGGAGAUACUAGGAAAUAUGCUCCGUCAAGAAUUGCAACAAGAACGUGAACGUGCAAACUCAGAAAGAAGUGAAGCGGAAAAAGUUCGAAAAAAUUUCGAAGAAUAUCGCACAGAUUGCGACCGAAGGUUCCUCACGUGUACCUUGGAAAUCGAACGUAUGAAGAUGUCCCAUGAAGCGGAGCUAUUCAAGGUUCAUUGUAAAAAUGAUGAGAAAUUCGCUCGAAUAGUCGCACAGAACGCCACCGAACUGGCUGAGAGCAAAGAGAAGUUGCUGAGUCAGCACACGGAUGAGUUGCAUAGAGAACGCUUGUCAAACAGUGAAGCGUUCGAGAAAGGUUUACAAUGUACUUCUCAAAUUCUGACUGAGCUAGUGAAAGAAUCAUCUGUGCUUUUGGAGAAUUGGUCGUCACGUUUUAACGAGAACGGAACAUCAGAAACCACUCUUGGAGAAAGGUUUAUCGUACCCGAGAAAGAAGGUAUCGAACAUGUACUGGGCGGUAACGAAUUACAUUCCGAGAACCCGUCAUUUAGAGCAUUUGUUGCUCAGCUUCUGUUGAUUUCAAGGGAAAAAAUGCGACAACUCGUCUGUUUGAUCGACCAUACUCUGACCGAAGCGAAGCAACAUCUUGAAGAAAACAGAAUUCAGUUGGAGCAGAAACGAGUUGAGGCGGAGAGCACUGUUCGACAGUUGGAGCACAAAGCUCAACUGGAUUUGGAAAAGGCAGAACAACGGCAUAUAAUAGAAUAUCAAAAGAAACUGCAACAAAUAAAUGACAAAUCGGGCGAGGCUCAUCUGAUCGCGCAGUUAAAGCGUAAAGAUGAAGAGCUGGCUGAGCUCAGGGCACAAUUGGAUACAUUGGAAUCCCAAACGAGAGAAAAGGUGAAGGCGGAAAUGCGUUUUGAACAUGAAAAAGAGUUAGAAAGUAAACUUCUGGAGUCCGCAAAAUCAAUACAGAAUCACGAUUGUCUCUCAGGUUCUGCCGCUACUCGCGUUGUCAUCGAUCUGAAAAAUCGUGUACAUCGGUUGCGUGAGGAGAACCUGUCACUACGUCGGCUGCUUCUACGACGUCUACCCCAAAAAGGAUACACAGGAGUCCCAAUUUUGGAGAAUUAUAAUUCAUUAUUAUUGCAUCGUUUGUUAAAUUCUGAGGAAAAAUGUCCAGCAGUAGUGAAUCGAGACACAUGUGAAAUGACAAGUUUUGAGUUUUAA